UUCUACGACAGGCCCGGCCGUUGGUUGUGUUAUAAGGACGGGGAGGCGCUGUCGCUCCAGCCCAUCCAUCUGUAUAGCUGUUGGGGAGACGGUGUGAGGAAGCGCGUCGCUACUAUGUCUCGGUACGGACGGUAUAGCGGAGAGGCAAAAGUCUAUGUUGGUAAUCUAGGCACUGGUGCUGGCAAAGGCGAGUUGGAGCGAGCUUUCAGCUAUUACGGCCCUCUGCGUACAGUCUGGAUCGCAAGAAACCCCCCAGGGUUUGCCUUUGUGGAGUUUGAAGACACUCGGGACGCUGAAGACGCUGUGCGUGGGCUGGACGGAAAGGUAAUUUGUGGUUCAAGAGUACGAGUAGAGCUGUCCACCGGAAUGCCGCGCCGUUCACGCUAUGACAGGCCCCCGGCACGCCGUCCCUUUGACCCCAGUGAUCGGUGUUAUGAGUGUGGGGAAAAGGGACACUAUGCCUAUGAUUGUCAAAGGUAUAGCAGACGCAGGAGGAGCAGAUCUAGGUCCCGCUCUCACUCGAGAUCCCGUGGACGGCGAUACACUCGCUCCCGUAGCAGAAGCCGUGACAGGAGGUCCAGGUCUGCAUCUCCCCGCAGGUCAAGAUCUGCCUCACCUCGUAGGUCCAGGACUGCGACUCCACGCAGGUCCCGAUCUCCUCCUGUCAGGGCCCGAUCUCCUCCUGUUAAAAGAUCUAGAUCUAGAUCCCGUUCAAGAUCCAGGUCCGUGUCACGUCCCAGAAGCAGAUCAAAGUCCAGAUCUGCUUCUCCAAAAAGAAGUCGCUCAACAUCCCGAAGCCCAAGAAGGAGCAUAAGCCCAGAGCGGAACGGCUAGCCUGUUGGUUUUUUGUACAGACUUAUGGCCGUAUAUUGCCACAGACUAUAUAUUUUUUUUUUUUUUUCACCUUGGAAUUCUUUGUUUUAAACAGUCACUUUGGUAGGCUAGCGUACAAUGUAUGUUAUAUCCUGUCAACUAAGUGAAACUUCUUUUGUAUCUUAAUUAAAAGUACUUGUUCAGUGAAUUGUCAUAACUAGGAAUUCUGCUAUUCAAGCUUUGCAGGAAUCGCUGGCAUGGGGUGUGGCAAGAUCUGUAUCUUUAGGCAGUUUAAUGUAAAGCAUGCUUGAUGCACAUGUCCACAUGGUUGAAAUAGUUUAGUGGGUACCCAACUAGCAUAUCUCUGGCUGGCUAAGAAUGACUUCGACAGUGGGAUGAAAUGGUCUUUACCUAGAAUUGUUUUACUUCCUCUUGUUUUUUUUUUUUAAAUUUAAGGACACACGUUGACUAAACAUGUUGCACAGCUUGUGGUACCUUGUGAAACAAGCGGCAUGUAUAAAAUCUGUUCUGAGGCAGUGUGUAAAGCUUUACAAUGAUUGCAGACUUCACAACUUCAGCAUAUGUGACCUAAAUAAAUGUUUGCUUUUUUUCCAAA